GCAGGGACCCCUGUGCGAGGCUCUCUGGGUAGGAAUGACCCCCAUGACGAGGAGGACGCAAGGAGUCCUGCAUCUCCCAUGGUCGUGUGGAAGGGGAAACGUUGGCAGUUGUAGCCCGGAUAAAAAAAAUUUCACGUGCUGAAAUCAUUAAAGGAGCAGUUUGUCAGAGUGCAAGAUGGUGUUAAAUGAAAUGAAUGAUGAUGGGCCUGAGCAAGAAGACAGCAGAGGCCCAGAGCCUGAUGUCAUUGCCAAAGGAAACAUACUUGAGAGUUUCACAGAGAGUCAAGAAACACAGGAGUUGAUUAAUAACCUUAAACUGGUGCAUGAAGACCUCAUAUUGCAAGAAUCAGCACUUGAAAAAUUCAAAGGCAUAAUGGAUAAGUAUCAAGAACAACCUCACCUUUUGGAUCCCCAUUUAGAGUCCAUGUUGAAUUCUCUACUUAGUAUUAUCCGGGAUGAAGCAUCUCCACCUUCUUUAAUUCAUCUGAGCUUUCAGUUUCUCUACAUCAUUUCAAAGGUACGGGGAUAUAAAACUUUCCUGCGGCUAUUUCCUCAUGAAGUUGCUGAUGUACAACCUGUUUUAGAUAUGCUUGUAUAUCAGAAUCCUAAAGACUACAAGACCUGGGAGACUCGGUAUAUGCUCUUGCUGUGGUUGUCUGUAACGUGCCUGAUCCCAUUUGAUUUGGCACGGUUAGAUGGAAAUAUCUCUUCCUCAGAAGGAUCCCCUCGAGUGUCAACAAUGGAUCGUGUCCUCGCAAUAGCAAAAUCUUACCUUACUGUAAGCGAUAAGUCUCGAGAUGCAGCUGCAGUCUUAGUCUCAAAGUUUAUUACCCGUCCUGAUGUCAAACAAAAAAGAAUGGCAGACUUCCUGGACUGGACCCUUUCAACCUUAUCUAAAUCCUCUUUUCAGACUAUGGAGGGAGCUAUUGUAAUGGAUGGUAUGCUUCAAGCUCUGGCAAAACUUUUUAAACAUGGAAAGAGGGAAGACUGUUUACCAUAUGCUAGUACAGUGCUUGAAUGCCUUGAUAACUGCAAACUCUCUGAAAGUAACCAAACUCUUCUUCGGAAGCUGGGAGUGAAACUUGUUCAACGACUCGGCCUGACAUUUCUUAAGCCAAAGGUGGCAAAGUGGAGGUAUAAGCGGGGUUUCCGAUCUCUAGCUGAAAAUCUGCAGUGUUCUACUGGCAGUGCUGCUGCACAGAAAGUUUCAAAGGCAGUUCCUGCCAUGGAAGAGGAGGAGGAGGAAGAGGAAUAUGACAUUCCAGGAGAGGUUGAAAAUGUUGUAGAGCAGUUGUUGAUCGGACUGAAAGAUAAGGACACUGUUGUCAGAUGGUCUGCAGCAAAAGGGAUUGGUAGACUGACUGGAAGAUUACCGAAAGAGCUGGCUGAUGAUGUGGUUGGAUCCGUCUUAGAUUGUUUCAGUUUCCAGGAAACUGACAAUGCUUGGCAUGGUGGAUGUUUAGCUCUCGCUGAAUUAGGAAGAAGAGGGUUGCUGUUGCCCUCCCGGCUCUCCAGUGUUGUUCCUGUGAUUUUAAAAGGACUGACCUAUGAUGAGAAGCGGGGAGCCUGCAGUGUUGGUUCUAACGUACGGGAUUCUGCAUGUUAUGUAUGUUGGGCUUUUGCUCGUGCCUACGACCCCUUAGAACUGAGGCCGUUCGUUAAUCAGAUUGCAAGUGCUCUGGUUAUAGCUGCCGUGUUUGAUCGUGAUAUUAAUUGUAGGAGAGCUGCCUCGGCUGCCUUCCAGGAGAAUGUUGGUAGACAGGGUACUUUCCCACACGGAAUUGACAUUUUGACUGCUGCUGAUUAUUUUGCAGUUGGUAACAGAGCUAACUGCUUCCUAAAUAUAAGUGUAUAUAUUGCUGGGUUUCCUGAGUAUACACAACCCAUGAUUGAUCACCUGGUUAACAUGAAGAUCAACCACUGGGAUGGUGUUAUUCGAGAAUUCUCAACCAAGGCUCUGCAUAAUCUCACUCCACAGGCCCCUGAAUAUAUGGCAAAUGUCGUUCUGCCAAAACUGCUUCCAUUGGCAGUUGGCACAGACCUUCAUACACGCCAUGGCGCUAUUCUGGCCUGUGCUGAGAUUACCCUUGCCUUGAAGGAACUAGCAGAAAAAAAUAAGAGAUCUAUUACAUCAUAUUUGGAUGAAAGAGCCUUGGAAGGACUUAAGCAGAUCCAUGUGGAGCUUUGCCAUCGCCAGUUGUAUAGGGGUUUAGGUGGAGAACUAAUGAGACCAGCUGUCUGCACUUUGAUUGAAAAGUUGUCGCUUUCCAAAAUGCCGUUUAGGAAAGAUCCCAUAAUUGAUGGCUGGCAGUGGCUGAUAAAUGACAGUUUACGGUGUCUCCAUCUGGUUUCAAGCAAUGCAAGGCAUCAAAUAAAAGAAUCAGCUGUCUCUGCCUUAGCUGCUUUGUGUAAUGAAUAUUACUGCACUGAAGGAGGAGAAGCAAAUCCAGCUCAACAAGAUGAGCUGGUGAAUCAAUACAUCUCAAGUCUUCAAAGCCAUGAGGAAAUGAUUCGAUGUGGCUUUUCUCUAGCCCUGGGUGCCCUUCCUAAGUUUCUUCUAAAAGGCAAGCUGAAGGAGGUUUUGGAAGGUUUAAAGAGAGUCACUUUCAUUUCCCCUGAAACUGUGAGCUUUGCUGAAUCCAGACGAGAUGCGUUAAAAGCUAUUGCACAGGUUUCUCUGACAGUUGGUGUGAAAGGAGAAGGGUCACCUGCUGAAUUUGUCUGCAAAAAUAAUAUUGGGCAGAUAUACAGCAUUCUGCUGGAUGGUCUGAAUGAUUACACAACAGACAGUCGAGGUGAUGUUGGAGCAUGGGUGAGAGAAGCUGCUAUGACCAGUUUAAUGAAAAUAACCCUGUUGUUAACUCAGACUGAGCCAGAGUUAAUCGACGCAAAGGUCUCAGAGCAAAUCAUGUGCUGUGUGGCUCAACAAGCAGCUGAAAAAAUUGACCGAUUUCGAGCCCAUGCAGGAUCUGUGUUCCUCAAGAUGCUCUACUUUGACAACCCUCCUGUCCCACACAUACCCCACAGGGAAGAUUUAGAGAGAAUAUUUCCAAGGUCAGAGGCAGUGACUUUCAACUGGAAUGCACCAUCACAAGCCUUUCCCAGAAUCACACAGCUUUUGGGCUUAGCACCCUACCGCUACCAUGUUCUAACAGGUCUGACUGUAUCUGUUGGUGGACUGACCGAAUCCACAGUGCGAUGCUCAUCACAAAGCCUGUUUGACUAUCUGAAGGACAUUCAGAAUGACACAGAUGCCAUGAACAGUUUUUGUGAGACACUGCUGCAAGUUUUUGAGAACAACUUGCAGAAUGACAGGAUAUCCGUGCCACUGCUAAAGAUGCUGGACCAGCUAUUGGCCAGUGGCUGCUUUGAUAUCUUCCUAUCUGAAGAAAAUCACCCAUUUCCUGUAACUUUACUUAAACUGUGUAAAGAAGAGAGCAGGAGAUCUAAAGAUAUCCAGAAGCUUCGCUCCAGCAUUGCAGUGUUUUGCGGUCUGAUUCAAUUUCCAGGUGACAUGAGAAAACAAGUUCUGUUUCAACUUUUCCUGCUUCUCUGCCAUCCAUUUCCUGUUAUAAGGAAGACAACAGCCAGCCAGGUUUAUGAAAUGCUGUUAACAUACAGUGAUGUCGCUGAACCUGAGGUUAUAGAUGAGGUCAUGACGAUUCUAAGUGACACUAACUGGGAUGCAGAUUUGCCAUUUCUGAGGACGCAGCGUAACCAUCUCUGUGAUUUAAUGAAAGUGCCCAAACCUCAAUUGGUAACCAAGAGCACACAACGGAGAACUCCUUAAUAUGAAAACAACAAUUCUUGGGCCCUUUGGAGCCAAAAGAGUGUCAAUGUAACAACUAAUGUAGCCUGGAAAAAGCUGAAGAAGAGAGACUAAGACGACUGAAAGCCUGCCUUUGGAUGCUGCAUAUGUACCAAGAUUGUUUUGUUAAGCCAAAUGUUUUGUUUUGUUUGGGUAACAUAAACUUGUUUUGCUCACUCCAUGAUCUGUAACCACAAGAUGGCAGGUUGGCCACAGGAUCUUCUCUUGUGUUUCAUAUUCAAUAUGAAAGCUGAUUGCAAAUGUUGUGCUUUUUUCAAAACUGAAUUAAAGUAACUACUGAACAGCGAAACCACCACAAUAUUCACUCUUCCUAGCUGUUUCCCCCUGUUCCGAUGACAUAUUUCUACUUGCUAAGGGAAGUUCUGCUGUCAUGCAUCACUUAGCACACUAUUCUGUAGGAAUUUGCAACUCCGGUUGCUGUGUGCACACAAGCGUAGUGGCUUUCUCUCUGAAAACAAGAGGGGUUGGCAGGCAGAAAUGUAUUUCAAUUCUAAUAUGUCAACUGGACAAAGUGACACAGUGAGGUUCAGGAAAAAACUGUUGAUGUUCUUGGCUUAUAUGGAGGGCACCAAGACAAUGGGAUUACAACAGAUACACUGUGUGUUUUCAAUUAUCCCCUCCCACACAACUAACUCUUUUGCUAUGUGAAAGAAGGGUUAUUGCUAGGCCAAAAAUAAGCAUAAUUCUCCUCUUCCUUCACUGAAAGUCUUCAAUCUGUGAAAUAGUUUUAAUUGUGUACUAUUGCCUUGAAUGUUUAUAGUUAAGGUCAUUGUAUGGAGAGGAUUCACUAGUAAGAUCAUGUUCUUACAGCAAACAGCAGAAGCCGAGAGGCGUACCUUACAUAAAGAGUUAAUCUGUAGGCUGUCAGAGCAAAAGCUUCAUGAAGACAGUUUUCAACUAUCUGAACACGGAGGUUUUACAACAGAAAUACCAUUUAUCUCUCAUUCUGCCCCAGAAUGUUAUAAUGCAGGGGCCACUUUAAUCCUUGCGUAUGAAGCACGUGUAUCACAAAGCGUAACAGAUUCAGAGGGACAGCCCAGCUGUUCCUGCCGAUGCUGGGGAAGGGGCCAGGGCCUGUUUUCCUUGACUCACUGAAGGUUGUUACAGUACCACUAGAAACUGGUGGAGCUGCAGUUUUUUUCUGGGAAACAGUGUACAGAAAACUGACUGUGUCUCCCACAAAACUAUCCGUCCGAAGAAUGAAAAUUAAGAAAUAUAUUUCAUGUUGUUCCUAAACUGAGGUGGCCAUGGCAGGUAUUAUUUAUUUAAUUUAUAUGCCGCCCACACUACCCAAAGGUCUCUGAGGUGUCUGAGCCUGCCAAAUAACUGCCACAGCUUCCUCACUAAACAGAUGAUAACUUACCUGUUCCACUCCCCACCCCGAGACACAGAUGGUACAAGAUCUGCUACCGGCAAAAUCUGAUUCCUUAAAACGGGGAAUGAUGAUAAUCUUUCUCGUCUAGCUGUUUUGGGCUACAACUCUACUGAUUCCUUGCCACUGGUCACAGUGUCUAGGGCUUCCAGAAGGUGAGGGCCAAAGGUUCCUUACGUGUGAGGAGGCCAAAGGGCCCUUGAGAUUCCAUCCGUUCUCCCUGUGACUGUUUAAAAUAGCUCCUACAAAGCAGAAAAUAAAGGCUUGAGCCCUACUGGUUUGGAAA